CUCAAAUCUGUGACAUCUGAAUUAAUGUGUUGAGCUGCUGACUCAGAAAACAAUACAGUAAAACUUUCAUUGAAAACUACAAUAUUAUCUAUCGCAAUUAAUAUUUCAAUGUCUUAUACUCUGUCUGGUAAAUACCACCAUUGGUAGUUAUUAAUUAACCUUUUCGCACUUACUCAAUCAAUAUUUAUGCGUUUAUGAUGUCUUUCAUGGUGUUUAGUGUUUUGCCUGCGGUAGCUUUAAACGACUGUUUAUUUAGUAUUAUUCUUUUUUUACUACCUAUUUGUUACUUUUAAAUUAAGUAUUCGGUUAUUCGUUUAUUUAUUUAUUUCCGCAUUUAUUUUUUUGUUAUCAUGGAACAUAAAUAUGAAGCAACACCGGUGUUACAAAAACGUAGAAAACUUCCCCACAAAGGAACUGCCAAAGAAAUUUGCUAUGUUUUCAUAACCUUAUUAGUUUACAUCCUCGUUGGGGUAAGCAGAAGUUAUGCAGCUUUCCUAUUCCAUCAACUCGACCAGCCUGAUUCAAAAAUACGGAUCGAAGAUGGCCAUAAAUCAUGGAUAGCUAGUUCUCUUGGUAUUCUUAGUCCACUCGGAUGUCUCGUUUCUGGCAGUAUUAUGGAUUUUUUUGGUAGAAAAUUUUUCAUACAAAUGAUGUUUAUACCAUUUAUCAUAUCUUGGCUUAUGGUGGCGUUUGCUGAUAGUUAUUCUAUGUUGUUUAUUGGUAUGAUGAUCCAGGGGCUUGGUGGAGGAAUGUCUUUCUGUAUCUCAACUUACAUUUGCGAAAUAUCAACCAUGGAACAUAGAGGAGCUCUUCUGGGUACUUUAGAGGUAGCCUACAAUAUCGGUGUAUUACUGAGCAACCUGAUGAUGUAUUUUCUAAAAUGGGAUACCGUCGCUUCCAUUUACGCAGCUUUCUCCAUAUUCAGUCUUUCGUUAACCAUUAUUCUACCCGAAUCGCCAAUAUGGCUAUACUUGCAAGGCAAAAAAGAGAAAUCCAUCAAAAUCCUGUGUUCUUUACGAUGCCAAACCGUUAGCGAACUACGAAGUGAAAUUCAAGACAUGGAAACAUCAUACUCGUCAGAGAUCAACAUCAGUAUCACAAACACAGUUAAAAAUUGCCUAAGAGCAUGGCGUCAAUUAUCCAUAGCUGUUGGUUUGAUUACCUUAUUGCAGCAUACUGGGUACUCGAUCAUGGUAGCUUAUACGAUCACCAUCGUUGAUAAAUUACAAAUCCCUUACAAUAGCUCAAAAAUUACCAUCGUUUAUUCGGUAGUAGGUUUCAUCGGAGCUUUUGUAACACCUUAUGUGAUGCACAACGUUGGACGAAAAUCACUUUUAUCAGUAUCUGCGUUAGGAAUGGCUCUCAGUAUGAUGGUCAUAGGUAGUUACGAACAGCUCUAUCAUGAUGUGAACGAGAAACCGAACGCUUGGCUAGUACCAGGCGCUCUAUUCGUUUACGUUUUGCUAUGUAACGUUGGAGUGUUGCCUAUAGGAUUCAUCGUAGGAGGAGAAUUAUUCCCUUACGAAGUGGCUGGCAUCAUGAACGGGAUUUAUGGUAUUUUUGCAUACGCGUAUUGGUCUCUGACGUUGAAAGUGUAUCCUGAGUUUUUGUUCCAUUUUGGAAUUAAAAUCAUCGUUUGGGCUUUCGCUGUGUCUUGUUUCAUUGUCAGCUUGUAUGGAGUUUUUAUUUUACCCGAGACGAAAGGUAAAACAGUCAAUGAAGUUCAGGAGCAGUAUUUUAAGAAGAAAAAGAGACGUUUUAUUGAAGAAGAUGCGUAAUUUUGACUGUUUUUAUUUUAUGUAGCCUAAUCCGAAGAAUCCAUCAAGAAAAUUAUUCAAACCUCCCUACGCGAUUUCAAAAAAAAAAAGAUAUUAAUUGCUGGAAUGUGAUAUUCAAUAUUUUAUUUGACCAUUUUAUCAUCAAUCGAAAAAUUGUAUUUGACUUUUUCUUGAAAUGUAAGAUUUACUGAUAAUAAAUUUUCCAAAAACCUGAAUUUUUAAAAACCACUUUUGAUUUGAAAAUGUUUUAUUUGGUGAAAUAUAUAUUUCAUUUUUUUGUGUGUUU